CGAGAUAUUUUAUCACCCAAACUAUUUUUGUGAAAUAAUUGACUUGCCUGGUAGGGUGGGGGAGGUUGCAAGGCCACAGCUGCAAAGAGAUUGGACCGCGUGUUUUAUGUUCUUGUUAUUCAUAAAGCUCCACUGUGAAGGAGAACCUCGUGUCCCCCUGCCGAGUGGUCGAGAUGCAUAUAAUGCUCAUACACCAUAAUAGGGAGAGGAGAAAAGGGUUGUGCCGGGUUGUCUCAAACAAUAGCAGGCUUGGAACGUCUUUCUUUAGCUGUCAAAACUUGUUUUCUCAUGAGUGCGGAAAGCAUUUGGCAUUUGCGGGAAUGUGCAUUGUCCUAAUGAUUAUUUUGUCACGUUUACCAACAUUCUCAUGUUUAGCAUCUCGCUCCAUUGUCUGCUUUUGUCCCACAUUUCUUGAUGUCUCCUUGGGUUGAAUUGGUUAUUUCCCCUCCUGGAAACCGCUGGAAACUAUAACUGUUUUUGACCACCAUGAGUUGGAGUUUCUUGACACGUCUAUUAGAGGAAAUCCAUAACCAUUCCACAUUUGUUGGGAAGAUCUGGUUGACAGUACUAAUCGUAUUCCGCAUUGUCCUCACUGCUGUAGGAGGGGAAUCCAUCUAUUAUGAUGAGCAAAGCAAAUUUGUGUGCAAUACGGAACAGCCAGGUUGCGAGAAUGUUUGCUAUGACGCUUUUGCCCCCCUCUCGCAUGUGCGGUUUUGGGUCUUUCAGAUCAUCCUUGUCUCCACUCCCUCAGUGAUGUACCUGGGCUAUGCUAUUCACAAAAUUGCUCGGAUGGUGGAACAUGGCGAAACAGAGAGGAAGAUCCGAAGCAAGCCUUUCCCAAUGCGCUGGAAACAGCAUCGAGGUUUAGAAGAGGCGGAGGAUGACCACGAGGAAGACCCAAUGAUGUACCCAGAGAUUGAGGUGGAGAGUGAGCGGGAGAACAAAGAGAAUCCACCUCCGACCAAGGCAAAGCAUGAUGGCAGGAGGCGAAUUCGAGAGGAUGGGCUCAUGAAGAUUUACAUACUACAGCUCCUGAGCAGGACUAUGUUCGAAAUUGGCUUCCUUGUUGGCCAGUAUUUUCUCUACGGGUUUGAAGUGAGCCCGAAAUUUCUUUGUAGUCGGAAGCCAUGUCCACACACAAUAGACUGCUUCAUUUCAAGGCCCACAGAGAAAACCAUCUUUCUGCUCAUCAUGUAUGGUGUGAGCUGUUUAUGUUUACUUCUGAACAUCUGGGAAAUGCUUCAUUUAGGAUUUGGUACUAUCCGAGACACUCUGAACCAUAAGAGGAAAGAGCUGGAGGAUUCUGGGACCUAUAAUUAUCCAUUCACUUGGAAUACACCCUCUGCCCCUCCGGGCUACAAUAUUGCAGUAAAGCCUGACCAGAUCCAGUACACAGAACUGUCUAAUGCCAAAAUGGCCUAUAAACAGAACAAGGCCAACAUUGCUCAAGAACAGCAAUAUGGGAGCAAUGAAGAGAACAUUCCCACUGACUUGGAGAACCUCCAAAGAGAAAUCAAAGUAGCUCAAGAACGCUUAGACCUUGCCAUCCAAGCUUAUAAUAACCAGAACAACCCUAGCUGUUCCAAGGAGAAGAAACCCAAAGGAAGCUCGAACAAAAGCAGUGGCAGUAGCAAAUCAGGGGAUGGAAAAACCUCAGUCUGGAUUUGAUGCUGCCCGCCUGGGAUUUAAUGACUAUUGUUCCCCUUUACAAUUUUUGGUAAUAAGAACUUGCAUUGAAUAAAUAUUUGACUUUGUUUAGCUUCAGGGAUGUUAAUGGCUGCCAAUUGACAUUCUAAAAGGGCCAAGAGUGAGGUUGGGGUGUGGGGGAGCAUUUAUGCUCACAUGCUGAUGUUUGCAGAAGAUUUAUUCUUGUUUCUUCCAGGUCGAGAGAAGACCCAGGUUUAUUUAAAAAAAUCAUUCUCAUUGAACGGUUUACACUGUAUGUACAGUAUUAUGGUACAUUUUAUUAUGCACAAUUUUUUGUAUUUGUUUAUUGAAUCUCUCCGGUUGUACUUUUUAUAUUAAAAGCAAACAAAAUAGGUAA